AUGCUGAAGUCGACUUAUACUCCAGCUAACGCCCUCCCGCCAGGAUGGACCGAGCACAAAGCGCCCUCAGAGACAAAACAGUCAACAUAUAAGCGGCCUGUUGAAGAGACACCGGUGCCUGUGGCGGUACCAGCUGCACUACCGUCAUAUCCGCUACAAUUUCAACCACCUGCCUAUGUUACGCGAGGCUUUGACCCGAACUUCCAAGGACUCUCUCGAACUAGAGAGCCCUAUAGAAAACACCGUCAUCCCGAAGACCGGCCGAAGACAAAACAUGCUAUACCCGGAUGUGCUCCGUGGGUUCUGGUAAAGACAAGGCUGGGCCGUCGGUUUGUCCACAACCCAGAGACAAACGAGAGCUUUUGGAAAUAUCCUGCCGAGGUGAUGAAGGGUGUUGUGGAAUAUGACCGUAUUGAGCGAGAAGCUAAAGAAAGGCGUGAGAGAGGAGGAGAGGAGAAACCGAAGGCAGAGGCUGGUAUUGAACCAUCUGAAAAGCGAUUAGAACAAACACCAAUUCCCACUGAAGUUGUGCCCGAGAGACGAGACUCGGAUAGCGAAUACGAGGAGGUGGAAGUGACGGACGAUGAAGAGGAAGAACCGUCGAAGCGAAUAAAAACCGACGAGGAAGUUAACCAGCAGGUCGAAUUCAACGAGGACGACAUCGAGUAUCAGUUGGCUGCCAUGGCCGACGACUACGGUGGUGACCCCGGCGAGUACGACGAAUAUGGCGAAGCUGGCGAAACUGAAUGGCAAGAGAAUGAAGAGGAGCCACCCCUCUCUGAAGAAGAUACCAUUGCUCUUUUCCGUGACUUACUUGACGACUUCAGGAUAAGCCCAUAUACUCCUUGGGAAACUAUUAUCGAAGAAGGGAAGAUAGUUUUUGAUCCGAGGUACACGGUUCUGCCGAAUAUGAAAUCAAGACGGGAGGUCUGGUCUAGUUGGAGCCGUGACCGAAUACAUGAGCACAAGGAACGCAAGAAGAAGGAACAACAGGCAAAUCCUCAGAUUGGAUAUUUUGCGCUUCUGCAUGAACAUGCUACCCCUAAACUCUAUUGGCCUGAGUUUAAGCGCAAGUAUCGAAAGGAGCCGGAAAUGAAAGAUAGCAGAAUACCAGAAAAGGAGAAAGAAAAGCACUACCGUGACCAUAUAGCAAGACUAAAACUUCCAGAAAGUGUUCGAAAGUCCGAUCUAUCUUCUCUACUCAAGUCUAUCCCGCUAUCAGCACUUAACAUGUCAAGCUCGAUCCACUCACUACCUCAGCAAAUCCUAUCCGACAUUCGAUAUAUAUCCCUACCUUCGCAAACCCGAGAUGAGCUUAUUGAGUCUUACAUCCUUACACUGCCCGCGGCGCCAGAGCAAGCAGAUACGCUAGAUGAUGCUGAAAAGGCCGAACAGCUAAAGAAAGAGCAAGAACGGCGAAAGAGAGAGAAGGCCUUGCAUGACCGUGAAAUGAGAGUGCAAGAAGAGAAGCGAAGGCAGCAGAGAGCAGUUAUGCAUAGCAAAGAUGCCCUCCGCCAGGAAGAUGCGGAGGUUCAGAGAGCUAUGAAAGUGGGCAGAGAGGGUCUAAAAAGUUAUAUGGAUGACACUUAG